AUGUUGAAGUGUUGCGUGGUGAUCUUGGUGCACUGUGUGCUUCUUGUGCACGGAGUGACCGUGCCGCCAAACAGCCUGGCUGCUGCAGACUCCAGGCUGCAAACUGACACAGGGCAAAAUACCAACAAGCUGCAGGAGGUGACUGAUGAUGAGCAAAACACCCUCUCCAAGCUGCUGGGUGAUUAUGACAAAGUGAAAGCCCUCUCGGAAGGUUCUGACUGUCGGUGUCAAUGUGUUGUCAGACCCCUGAGCAGGAGCGCCUGCCGGCGGAUAGAGGAGGGCAGCGCAACCGCGCAGGACUCCUACACUGUGGAGACCAUCACGUCCGGUCCGGAGUGUAAGUGCGCCUGCGUCGCUCCUCCGGCUGCGGUCAACCCCUGCGAAGGAGAGCGAAGACUGAAAAAGCUUAGGGAAGCUGCGAAAGAUGAUGUCAAGUUGGCCACCGUCCUUGAGCUUCUGGAAGGUUCCUAUAAUGGGAUGGAUCUACCCAAGCUGCACACCAUCAUCAGCAAUCUGGUGGACCGUGUGACACACAUUGAAAAGGUGAUGGCCAUUAAAGACACCAAAGAUGACGUGAAGUCCAACACAUCCAACCCAACACAUGGUGGUGAAAGUUGGACCACCGCCCCGAAUUCACCUUCACACCACCAAGAUGAUCAAGGAAGAGAGAAAGUCGAUGGAGCGGAAACGUCUCCAAAAACACCGGAGAAGCACAGAACUCUGUCAGACGGUUCGGCUCAGGUCACCGAGGUGAAGCAGCACGUGGCUCGCAAAAAGGUUUUUCAGGAAUCCAAGACUGCUCUUAAUGGGAUGAUUAUCAGAGGAGUGACUUUUUACAAGUCGGAGCCAGAACCAAUGGCCACUGACGACGGGGAGCAUGAAGAGACCGAUUUGGAGUAUCAUGGAUUCAGUGGCGAUGGUCCAAUCGACCUCCUGGUUGAGGAGAAUCUUCUCCGACACAAAGCUCGUCCCCGUCCCAGGCAGACGGUAGAGCCGAGAUCUUUCCACCCCGUGUCUACUGACCUCUCCCAUGGCUCCAAGAAAGCCAGUCGGCCUACAAGCCUACCAAAACCUCUGAGCGAAGACAUCGUAGACGUUGACGCUCCAACCGCUUCGGCAACAAUCGCGACUGACACAAACACAACAAGCAAAGUCACGUUAGCACCCAACACGACCUUGUUGAACCCCACCACCGUGAACUCUGCAUCUCAAUCUGUUCCUUCGAACUCCUCCCCGGAUGUAACUACCACGGAGAUGACCAAGACCACUCAAGCAGAUGUUACGUCAACCCCGACAAAGGAUACACAAACACUCGCGCUAGAAACCACAAGCCUGGAGAUGAGUGACCAAAUGACAGGAGCACCAAUCUCCACUGUGAAGGACGUGACCACCAGCUCUGGAACCCACACCACCAACAUUCCAACAGUCACUCAGGUCGCCCCCACAACACCACAAGACACCGACCGGACGACCUACUUUCCAACAUCUUCAACAAACCCUCCAAGCACUCCCCCACCCGUCACCACACCUGUGACGACUCCUCCUCCUCCGACCGCCACCAUCAAACCCACGACGACCACGACCGUCCCCACUCCUACCACCGUCAAACCCACGACGACCACGACCGUGCCCAGUCCAACCACCAUCAAGACCACCACGACCGUCCCCAGUCGGACUCCUGCUGUCAAACGGAAGUAUAAAAUCAGCUGGGAGGAGGAAGAAGAAGAUGUGGAGUUUGAUGACAUCAUGCAAAGGCAGGAGGGAGCAACAACAAGAAAACCCGAGGAAUGUAAGGACACCUUGGCAACCAUCUCCGAACCGGUGACUCACAAUAAGUACGGCAGGACCGAAGGGGCCUGGAUGAAGGAUCCGAAAUCGGACAAAGACAGGAUUUAUGUGACCAACUUCUAUUACGGGAACAACCUCCUGGAGUUUCAGAACAUGGAUGUUUUCAAAAAAGGCCGUUUUACAAACUCCUACAAACUUCCUUACAAUUGGAUCGGCACCAAUCACGUGGUGUACAACGGCGCCUUCUUCUACAACCGCGCCUUCUCCCGAGACAUUAUCAAAUUUGACCUGCAGCGGCGUUACGUGGCCGCCUGGACCAUGCUGCACGACGCCGUGAUGGAAGAGUCGACGGCGGCGUGGGAGUGGCGCAGUCACUCGGACGUCGACUUCGCUUUGGACGAGAGCGGCAUAUGGAUCAUCUACCCGUCGAUGGACGACGAGGGCUUCUUACAGGAAGUGGUCGUUCUGAGCCGCCUGAAUCCGGUGGACCUCAGCAUGCAAAGGGAGACCACGUGGAGAACCGGGCUGAGGAGGAACCACUACGGGAACUGCUUCAUCGUGUGUGGCGUCUUGUACGCUGUUGACAGCUACAACCAAAAGCAGGCCAACUUGGAAUACGCCUUCGACACUCACACCAACACUCAGAUGAUUCCCAGAAUGCCUUUCAGCAACAAUUACACCUACACCACCCAAAUUGACUAUAACCCCAAAGAGGGCGUCUUGUACGCAUGGGACAAUGGACACCAAGUUACAUACGAUAUUAAGUUGGCAUAUGCAGACUCCAAUUAAAGCUUUAAUUGUAGUGAAGUUGAAAUUUUCAAAUGGAUCGUAGAUCGGUCCAACUGGCCUAUAACGGCUAUUUGUUCAAUUUGUAUCUGAAUUCAAUAAAAAGCGAGCCCCAUUG